AACCUAUAGUCACUGGGUCCAGAUUGUGAAAGUGGAGCCCAGUUUGCACUGCAGGAUCCAGAGAUGGCAUCAGUGAAGCUGGAAGACUGCAGUCAAACACUGGAGCUGAAUGUCAACAUUAAAGAUGAAGAAGAGGAGGAGGAGAUUGGAAUAUCUGUUUCUCAUGGUAUGAGGCCAGUAACAUCAACACUGAGGACAAACCCAGCCUGCCUCUCUCCUUCCAAACUGAGUCCAAACCUACAGUCACUGGGUCCUGAUUGUGACAGUGGAGCCCAGUUUGCACUGCAGGAUCCAGAGAUGGCAUCAGUGAAGCUGGAAGACUGCAGUCAAACACUGGAGCUGAAUGUCAACAUUAAAGAUGAAGAAGAGGAGGAGAUUGGGACAUCUGUUAAUCAUGGAGACCAUGUUGAGACAUUCUCUACAUCCAGAGAGCAACAGCAGGAAGAUCACAGAGCUAAGAGGUCUCAUCCCUGCCCACAUUGUGAGGAAAUAUUCCCAUUUCUAUCAAAGCUGAAAGUACACCUAAAAAUACACACAGGAGAGAAUCUGUAUUCCUAUACUGACAGUGGGAAGAAUUUCACAACAUCCAAGGCUCUGACAGUUCAUCAGAGAGUGCAUACAGGAGAGAAGCUGUUCUCCUGCUCUGACUGUGUAAAAUGCUUCACAACAUCAGCUAGACUAAAAGUUCACCAGAGAACACACACAGGAGAGAAGCCUUAUUCCUGCUCUGACUGUGCGGCGAGUUUCUCUCUACUGUGCAACUUAAAACGACAUGAACGUAUACACACAGGAGAGAAGCCUUACUCCUGCUCUGAUUGUGGAAACAGUUAUUCUCUACUGGGCCACUUAAAAAGACAUGAACAUAUACACACAGGAGAGAAGCCUUACUCCUGCUCUGACUGUGGGGCGAGUUUCUCUCGACUGGGCCACUUAAAAACACAUAAACUUAUACAUACAGGAGUGAAGCCUUUCUCCUGCUCUGACUGUGUAAAAUGCUUCAUAACAUCAACUGAGCUAAAAGUUCAUAAGAGAACACACACAGGAGAGAAGCCUUACUCUUGCUCUGAUUGUGUAAAAUGCUUCACCACAUCAGCUGUUCUAAAAGUUCACCGGAGAACACACACAGGAGAGAAGCCUUACUCCUGCUCUGACUGUGGAAAAUGCUUCAUAACAUCAGCUGUUCUAAAAGUUCACCGGAGAACACACACUGGAGAAAGGCCUUACUUCUGCUCUGACUGUGGCGCGAGUUUCUCUCAAUCGGGCAGCCUACAAAAACAUGAACGUAUACACACAGGUGAGAAGCCUGUUAAAAACACCAACUAUAUGGCACAAAGGGAUUAAUGGUAUUCUUCUUUAGUUUCUUAAAGGGAGCAGAGUUGUUUUUAUUUUAUUUAACCUUUAUUUUCCGACACCUUUCUGGAGUUGGAACUUGCCGAGUCAGGAGCGUCUGUCUGCGUGCAAGACCUGCUAGGCCAGCGCUGGUUACACUGAAGGUUAGGAGCGUCUGUCUGCGUGCAAGGCCUGCUACGCCAGCGCUGGUCACACUGAAGGUUAGGAGGGUCUGUCUGCGUGCAAGGCCUGCUACGCCAGCGCUGGUUACACUGAAGGUUAGGAGCAUCUGUCUGCGUGCAAGGCCUGCUACGCCAGCGCUGGUCACACUGAAGGUUAGGAGCGUCUGUCUGCGUGCAAGGCCUGCUACGCCAGCGCUGGUCACACUGAAGGUUAGGAGCAUCUGUCUGCGUGCAAGGCCUGCUACGCCAGCGCUGGUCACACUGAAGGUUAGGAGCGUCUGUCUGCGUGCAAGGCCUGCUAUGCCAGCGCUGGUGCACACUGAAGGUUAGGAGCGUCUGUCUGCGUGCAAGGCCUGCUACGCCAGCGCUGGUCACACUGAAGGUUAGGAGCGUCUGUCUGCGUGCAAGGCCUGCUACGCCAGCGCUGGUCACACUGAAGGUUAGGAGCGUCUGUCUGCGUGCAAGGCCUGCUACGCCAGCGCUGGUGACCACUGAAGGUUAGGAGCGUCUGUCUGCGUGCAAGGCCUGCUACGCCAGCGCUGGUCACACUGAAGGUUAGGAGGGUCUGUCUGCGUGCAAGGCCUGCUACGCCAGCGCUGGUGACCACUGAAGGUUAGGAGCGGAGAAGCGGUCAUCGGAUUGGAAAACCUGAUGCACCUUGGGCCGUGGGAACAUCUACGUUCUGCACAACAGUCUACUGGUUGUUGCACACCUGUGCUGAAAUACCUCUAAAAUCUGGCAUUAUGUAGCUGUUACUGUGCCUGCUCUUUACUCAAUGCCAUUCUGGAUUAAAUAGUCUGGAUGAUCAAUGGGUCAGUGAAUUAUCUUCGCCUUAUGCCCUACAAUUUGUAAACACUCAGACGAGACCAUCAUGUCAAUACCACCAGGAACUUGGUCUCUCUCUGCAUUUGUACCACUCAAACGCAACUGGACCUACACUUGAUGGCAUACUUCCAAGAUCUCAAAUUAUUGAUUUACUUUUUUUUCCUGUGUCAAAAGACUGUUCGUUUUAUUGACAAUGGUGCUGGCUCUGCCAAGUCCUCACGCAUUGGUCAACUGAGAUAUAUUGUUAUGGUUUUAUUGUUGAUCUCUGGUAAUGUGCGACCAAACCCUGGGUCGGGACAUACCAUGCAAUCUCUACCGACUCCCUAUGAUUUUAAAAACAGAAGGUUUUGUCCUCUUGCAUGUUAAUGCUAUUUCCAAAAAUAGACAUGAUUAGAAUACGGGCCAAAACAACAAAUGCAGAAAUAAUGGUUUUAUCAGAAACUUGGCUAAAGAAAUCUGUGUCAAAUAACUGGAUUUCUAUUGAUGGGUUCAUGGUUUCUAGAGCUGAUCGGAUGAGUAAAGGAGGAGGGGUUGCAAUUUAUGUUAAAUCUGAGUUUAACACCUCUGAUAUUCUCUCGAUUACCAAGCCAAACAUUUUGAAUUGCUUGCGGUUAAAGUGAAAGUAUGUAAGGACUCCCACAUCACUGUAGUCGGCUUUGGGAGACACACUAAACUCUUUCUGAUGUCCUGCUCAAGUUAAAGGAUUCUGAAUUCAUUAUUUUGGGAGAUUCUUACAUCUGUAUCAGACUGUUUUUAAAGAACUGUGUGACUCUCUGGAUCUCACUCUAUUAAUUAAUGUUCCCGACCAGACCGAAUCCCAGAGCACCUAACAAAUCAACUCUAUUGGACAUUAUUCUAACGAAUACCCCUCACAAAUACACAUCGACUGGGAUAUUCUGUAAUGAUGUCAGUGAUCACUGUGCAAUUGCUUGUGUUAGAAAUACAAAAAUGACCAAAGCCAAACCCCGUUAUAUUUAGAAAAUACAUUUUAGACAAUUUGAUGAGCAAGUGUUCUUACAUGAUCUGUACCAUAAUAUGUAAUAAUAAUAUUGACAGAGUAAGUCUGAUUCCCGAUGUUGA